AUGCGUCGCAACUACAGUCUUCAAUCGGAUAGAAAGAGUCGUCAGACAAGAGCACCAUCUGUUGUUGGACAAGAACAAAAAUCUGUAAAUCGUGAUGUGAAAUACAGACCACAGCCUAACGAAAUGGUUGAAAGUCUAAUGCAAUUUUUAGUCAAUACGGACUACUGCAGUUCAACACCCGAGGCUUCAUUGACACUGAAUUCCAAGGAGAUAUUUUCAAUAUUUGAGCAUGUUAUACGUCAAAUUGAUCCAUCAUUUCGUAUUAAAGGUGGUGUGAUGAAACCAGAAGAAGUACUUGUAAGUACUCUUAAGAAGCUUGGCUAUCCUAACCCUCUGAGUAAACUUCAUUUAGUCGCACCUGGUGCUCCUCAGGCAUGGAAUUCCAUUGUAACCGCAUUGAAUUGGUUAAGAGAAGGAGUGGAGCAUGCGAAACAGUUAAGUGAAUUUAGCAUUCCCGUUGCUGAAGGUGAUGGAAAUGCUAAUGAGAAAGCAUCAGUGAACAAGCUCAUUCAUGAAUUGAAGUUGUCGUUGUUUAAGAAAAAACGCGGAGACCCUAAUAUUACUGACUCUGUAAUUCAGAAUCUGAAAUCAUCUAUCAGUAUAACACUGGGCGCUCCAAGUGAUGAAGAUAUGAAGAAAGCCUAUGAUCGAUCGAUUGAAAAAGACAUAGAACUGGCAAGUUUUGAGAGUAACUGUAAUGAAGAAAAUGUGUUAAAAAAAUUGACGAAUUGA